GUUCUCUGACUAGGCUCCUCUGGCGUGCGCAUGCACAGGACCGCUUUACCAGAACACGUGUUGCACGCGGCGGUAACGUGAGUCCUGCGCGUCUACCUUAAAUUGUUCUAUAUAAUCGCGAUUUUGUUUCUUUUUGGUAUAUUUAGCUUAAGCUGGUCCUCCGUGAAGCACUCGCCGAGAGGACUUGAAGAUUUCCCGAAACAAUGACAGAAGCAGAAGUGAAUCCCAAAGCCUACCCUUUGGCUGAUGCCACGCUAAGCAAAACUAUUCUGGAUCUUGUGCAGCAAGCAGCAAACUACAAACAGCUACGGAAAGGAGCAAAUGAAGCCACUAAAACUCUGAACCGUGGAAUUUCUGAGUUCAUCGUUAUGGCUGCUGAUGCUGAACCACUGGAGAUUAUUCUGCACCUUCCAUUGCUGUGUGAGGACAAAAACGUGCCUUACGUUUUUGUGAGGUCUAAACAAGCCCUCGGACGAGCAUGUGGGGUGUCGAGACCAGUCAUCGCCACAUCAAUCACCAUUAAGGAAGGAUCACAACUGAAACCUCAGAUUCAGUCUGUGCAGAUGGCUAUUGAGAGGCUUUUGGUCUGAGCCUGCUGUAAUUUCAGAUGUCUAGUCUGUUUAAUGUAUGUAGAUUCUGUAAUCCCAUGUACAGAAUCAUGAGGGUUUUUAUUGUGAUCUAGUUUUGUGAUAAGAUUUUGGCCUGAAACAUGUUUUUUUUUUUUAUCCAGAUUUAUCACUACCAUAAACAAUAUUACAUAUAAAAACAUAAAGACACAGGUUUACUUGUAGUUUUGGAAAUAGUAAAUAAACAGGCCGUAUUUGUAUUGUAGGUAUUGUGACCCCUGGUUCCAGUCACCACUAUUGUAAAGAAAUCUCAAUUACAAAGUUUCUCUACAGUGAACCAUUUCACAUCAAACCACUCUGAAUGACUUUGUUUAUCAACCACUGAAUUAUGCACACGUUUUGAAAAAUCAGCAAAAUUCUCCUGUAAAAACAUACAAAUAUUGUUGCUUCACAGUGAAAAAACUUUUUUUAGAAGUAGCUACGCAUGGAAAAUUGGGCCUCAUUCACCAAUAUCUUCCUAAGUUUUUUUUUGUUAAAUUUGUUCUUGAGAAAGGUCUUAAGAAAAAGUCUGUCAGAUUCAUGAUGUGUUCUUAAACUGCAGAACUGUUUGCAUCUUUGUGCUCUUGAGUGUGCAUAGAUUCUGUUCUUACUUAAGAAAACAUUGGUGAAUGUCAGAAUAUUUGUAAAAACUAUGUAAGAAGGUUUUAAGAAAAAUUUCUUCUUAAGAAUGGGUAGUGAAUGAGGCCCAGUGUGAGUGAGUAUCAGGUCCAAAAACUUACCAUAUCCAGCAUCUGUCAGCAUAGAAAUGGGUUUAUUAGGUAUAUUCUUCCGUAUUUCUGUUCCUUUUGGUCUAAAAUAAAAUGCUGAAGUUUCUAAGUGACACUUGUGAAUGGCAGUAUAGAAGUUCAGGUGCUGAAUCAACAGAAUGGAAUGAAGUAAAAGAAAUUAGGAACUAAAAUGUAAGUAGAAAGAAUAUUCCUUUUAAAUAUAGCAGUGGCAGUAUUAUUUGAAAAAACUCUGUCAGAAUCCCUUAGAAGUGUAGUUCAGUACAUGUAACAAUACAUAUAAUUGAUUACUAUCACGUUUUUAUAAACAAAUGAAUUCUGCCUAUAACUUCUGAAUAACUGAUGUGUAACUAAAUGGCUUCAUAUUUAACCUAGUGGAGUAAUGGUAUUACAUAGACUCACUGAACACUUUAUUAAGUACACCUCGUAUCUACAUUUAUCGUCAAUUUUAACAGCUCUGACUUUACAUCUACAAAGUGGACCAACAAGGUAGGAGUGUCUAAUAGAGUGGACACUGAGUGUUUAAAAAUUCCAGAAGCACUGCUGUGUUUGAUCCACUUGUACCAGUCGUACACUAACACGCCAGCACCACAUCAGUGUCACUGCGGUGCUGAGAAUAACCCACCACCCAAAUAAUACCUGCUCUGUGGUGGUCCUGAUCAUUGAAGAACAGAGUGAAAGGGGGCUAACAAAGUAUGCAUGUGGACUACAGUCUGUAUUUGUAGAAUUACAAAGUGCACCUAAAUGGUAAGUGGACCUGAUGAAAUGCUCAGUAAAACUAGAUACAAGGGAGGUGUACUUGAAGUGCUGAGUGAGAUUAUAUAAAUGUUAUGUAUUUGUUCUAAAAAAAAUGAAUAUGUAUUUAAUUGCAUAUGUAUGAAAAAUCCUAAAAAUGUAAAACUUACUAUGUAGAGACUGUAGUUAACUAUUAUUAGAAUUUAAAUAGAUUUGUUUUUUGUUAAUAGAUUAUUUUAUUGAUGUUUGAAUUUUAAACAUUUUACUUUAAAAGUUACACAAAGAUUUUUAUGUCAUGCACAAUAUUGGCAUUGACAUUGCUAUCGGAAUACUAUGGAUAUUAAAAAAAAACAACAACAAUA